AUGAUAAACAUACUUUCUUAUGUGGGCAUGAACAUGCAAUCCGAAGUUUGUUUGUGGUGCCUGCUGGGGCUCGUGCGUACUAUCUUCGACGCCACACUCUUCAAAGUGAACGCCAAUUUAAAGCAGGUAUGGCAGAUGACGAUGCCACCGGAGCUGACGAUGCCGGUGCAGCGCGUGCUGCGCACCAUGAUCUCGGGCGUCAUGCUGGUGCAGUGCUUCACGGUCUACGUGUACCUCGCCUCCUACAUAGUGCUGCUCUAUCCUGUGUUCCUGGAGGAACGUCCAACAUUGGUUUUGCCUUGGCUUCUUCUGGCUGCCAUCAGGAAACUGCUGUGUGAGCUAACGAGCCUGGCUCUCGGGCUCGGUACUUGCGUUCUACUGGGCCCCGCCAGACCGCCAUGCAUCAAGUUCGUGGUUUUCAAAUUCACGUCAAUCAUGCCUGCCUUUUACAUGUGGAUGCUUGUUUUCAGUUACUAUCAUGCUCUCAAAGUGGCGACGGCAUUCAAAACGUUCCCGGCUGUUCUUCCCCCAAACGAUAAUGACUACGGGCUGGAGCUGGCGGUUCGACGGCGACGCACUAAGUCCUUGCUUGGCGAAGAGCAGCUCCGCAAGAAACUAGUUGCACACUUUAACGGGGAAAGAACAUCAAGUGUUACCAACGAAACGUUUAUACGUACUCCGUUAAAAAUAUCUUCAGGAAUAAUAAAUUCCACUGAUAAUAGUAUUGAAGAAGAAGGAUUGGAGUCUGAUACAAUGAAACCGUUGACUAUAUCCACUACAGGAUGGUCAGAUAUAGGUGCAUAUGAGGAUUGGUUCGGGAGCGAAGUUAUGAUACCUCGAGAUACUGACCGGAUUUUAGAACAAAUUGUAUUGAUGUUAUUACGAAUAGGUGCUUAUUUGAAAAAGGAAGGAAUCGAAUCUAUUUUAGAUUCUCAUAAAUUGAGCUCAGCUGUGCCUCCCUCGUGGCAUCAGUUUGAUAAUAUUGAAUGCACGACAAUGAACGCAGACGAUACUGACACGCCUCCACUUGUGGGUAGUAGUAAAGGAAAUAUGGCAUCGUACUUACGCGAAUAUCCACAAAUAUUUAUGAAAAAAAUAAAUUCUGAUAAUCCUCCGACUGAACUAACCAUAGCAUCUUUAAAAAAUGUUCAUAGUCAUGGAGAAACUGACGAUGGCAUCGCAAGCAAAAAUAAAGUUCAGCGUAUCUCAUCUGGAACAUCAAGUGAAACAACAUCAUACGACUUUGAAAAAAUCCCUAGCAAAAAGAAAAUUACAAUUUCAGACAAUACUACUACAGAGGAGAGAAAAAAUACACCUAAAAUGUCGCCAAUGUCUUUGGAAAAAUCCCAAUUAGCUAACGCAGAGGACAAAAUUAAUAAUACGAAAUUGAAUAAACAACAGGAUUCAGAACAACAAUCAAAAACCAAUGACAGUCCAAUAUCUAAUGAAUGCCAAAAUAAUUUGCAUGAAACUAACAUUUUAAGAGACAACAACAAAGAAAAUGUAGAUAGUAAAUCAUCAACCAAUGAUAAUAAUCAAGAUCGUCCACAGUAUCUAUUACACACCGACAACAAUAUAGCUUCUUCUUCAGCAAAUUCUACUGCUUCCGUAGCAACAAACGAAAAUAAGAAUAAAGGUGCAGCUGAUACAACAAAUAUUAAUGUAGCUUCUGAUUUUACAAUAUUAGGCGAAAAUGCUACAGAAAAACUUACAAAUAGCUCAAUGUUAGAUCUGAACACAAAUGAAAAGCAACCAACGGCUGGUAAAAAUGACGGUGUGGCAUGUGUUGAAGAUAAUAAAAGUGGAAUCGUGCAAGAUAACAAAAAUAAUGGUUUGACAAAUAAUAUUAUAUCCCACGAUAAUUAUAAAGGCAAACAACCAUCUGGAAUUAUUAUUUUAGAUAUUGAGAACGUCAUGUUGGUAGAUAACAAAAAUAAAAAAUCAGAGGAAAAUAAAGAACAAAUAUGUAAAAUUGAAAAUGUCAGUGAAUUAGCUCAAAAUGAAACAGACGAUAAAAAUAUAGAACCAUCAAAUCGUGAAGUAUCAAUACAUAAUAUCACUACUGAUUCUUUAGAUGUCAAAUUAUCAAAUAAAAACAUCGAAAAAGAAUCCAAACAUAGUGUGAAUUUGAAUAAAGACAAAAAUAAAGAAUCGCCACGCAAAGAAUUAUCGAAUAAAGAUAAUGAAGAAUUGCCCGACAAUAGGGUGUUAAACGAUGACAGAAAUAAAGUAUCAACGGAUAUUCAAGUAUAUACAAAAGCAGAAACUGAAAUCACUACUGAAAAUGAAAAUGUCAGUGAAUUAGCUCAAAAUGAAACAGACGUUAAAAAUGUAGAACCAACAAAUCGUGAAGUAUCAAUACAUAAUAUCACUACUGAUUCUUUGGAUGUCAAAUUAUCAAAUAAAAACAUCGAAAAAGAAUCCAAACAUAGUGUGAAUUUGAAUCAAGACAAAAAUAAAGAAUCGCCACGCAAAGAAUUAUCGAAUAAAGAUAAUGAAGAAUUGCCCGACAAUAGGGUGUUAAAUGAUGACAGAAAUAAAGUAUCAACGGAUAUUCAAGUAUCUACAAAAGCAGAAACUGAAAUCACUACUGAAAAUAAAAAAUCUAAUGAAGACGAACGUAAAGAAUUAACGAAGGAUUUUUCAGAAAGCAACUCAAAAGAAGAAUGCGUUGCUGAAAACAGUAAAAAAUCAAAACAAUAAUACGCUUAGAAAACAUUAAUGAAAUAGAUAUUUCAGUAACGAAACUUCAGUUUUAGUUCAGUCAACAAACAAAAUGCAACCGCGCAAAAUAAAUU